AUGUCGAGUAAAAACAACAAGAUCGUUUACUGGUUUAUAUCUGUACCGGCUAAAGGUGACAAAAACUUGGUUUUCCAAAAACUAAAGAGUAAAAUUUCAAGUCCGACGAACGACUAUUCAGAAACUUAUCAGUUUCUUAUACCCCAAUUCAAGAUUGGCACACUUGAUGCAUUGGUCACGAUUUCCGAUGAACUUGUAAAAUUUGAUCAAGCAUUCGAAGGAACCACGCUUAAGCUUAUUGAGAUUCUUCGUAAUUUAUUAAAGGGAGAUAUAAACCAAAUUAGAGCUAAUUUUGUGGUGAAUGAAAAAAGUAUCGACAAAUACAUAGAAACUUUUCAAUGGAACAUUCAGAAAUACCGUGAGGACAAAUCUUUACAGGAAAUAACCAGCACGCUUAAUCAAGAAGUGACAUCAAUAGAUAAUAUCAUGAAAGCCAAGCUUGCCAAUUAUAAUCAAGUGAAAGGAAAUCUUCAGGCUUUGGAAAGAAAGCAAACCGGUAAUUUGGCUGUAAGAAGUUUAGCCGAUAUCGUCAAAAAAGAACAUUUCGUUCACGGUUCAGAGCACCUGGAAACUUUACUCUUUGCCGUUCCAAGGAGUCUCUAUAAAGACUGGCAUUCAAAAUAUGAAACACUCUCGCAGAUGGUUGUGCCUCGUUCUUCAGUUAAAAUUGCCGAGGACGAUGAUUAUGGCUUAUUUACUGUGACUCUUUUUAAGAAGGUUGCCGACGAGUUCAUAAACAAAGCUCGAGAACAUAAAUAUAGCUACAGAGAAUUCACGUAUAAUGAGGCUGAUAUAGAAAAUCAACGAAAAGAAUUACAAGAGAUAGGCGAAACCGAAAAAGAAUUGUCGGUAACAUUGUUAAGAUUGGCAAGAACAAAUUUUGGCGAGGUAUUCGCGGCUUGGAUUCAUUUAAAGGCAUUACGAGUCUACGUGGAAUCUGUGUUGAGAUAUGGGUUACCGCCUGAUUUCAUGUCAAGUAUAAUAAUGCCAAAACACAAGCAAGAGAAUAAAAUACGUGAAGUCUUAAACAAUGAAUACGGAAAACUUGGUGAUAUUCUAGGGCGCGACUUGCGGCCUGAAGAAAACAUUGAAGGAUUUCAUAAUUUAGUUGAUGAGGAUUAUUAUCCUUAUGUGUGGUUUGAGUUACAUAUUGAUCUUAGUAAGCGAUAA